CAGUACGGAGGGAGUGACCUGCACCACGGAGAGAAACCGGAAAGGACAAAAGGAGCAGUGGCAUCGGACCCUUCUAUGCCCUUCAUGGUGUACCUGGACCAGGACCAUCUGGUUUGCCUGAAGUGGGGCUUUGAUAAUCUGCAAGGAAACAUUGUAUUCAAACUGGUUGUCAACACCACGGGCUGGGUAAGCUUUGGCAUGAGUCCCAACGGAGGAAUGAAGGGGUCAGAUAUCGUCAUAGGGGGACUUGGACCCAGUGGAAGCUACUUCUCAGAUCGCUACGCCACAGGGAACACCAUGCCUUUAGUGGAUGCACAGCAGAGCUACACUCUCCUGUCUCUGACUGAAAGUGAAGGUCAAACCCUUAUGACCUUUCAGAGGUCCAUUCAGGCCUGUGAUGACAAAGACUUCCAUAUCACUGAUGAACCCAUUAAGCUGAUCUAUGCGUAUGGAACAACAGAUGAGAUUAGCUACCAUGGAGCUCGCAGAGGCACCAAGGAGGUCAACCUGCUGAAUUUUAAGAUCAGGACGUCCCUACCCAACCUCAACUAUCUCAGUGCCACAGUGGAAAAUAUCACUGUCCCCCCCAUUCAUACCUAUUACCACUGUAAGGUCAUGAAAUUUCCAAAGUUAAAUACAAAACAUCACAUAUAUCAGAUUGAACCGGUGAUUGAGCACCAUGACAUCGUUCAUCACAUGCUUCUGUACAGCUGUCCCUCCUUUGUGACGCAAACGUCCGACAAUCCGUGCUACAUCGGCAGCAUGGAGGAUGCCUGCUUCGGGGUGGUGGCCGCAUGGGCAGUGGGAGGAGAGGUAUUUGAGUUUCCAGAAAAUGCGGGUAUUCCCAUUGGUGGUGGGGACAGUGAUACAUACUACAGGCUGGAAGUCCAUUAUAAUAACCCAAACCUUGCAACAGGCAGGAUAGAUAACUCCGGACUAAGACUGUACUAUACGUCCCAACUCCGGCAGCAUGAUGUGGGCAUCAUGACUACAGGUGUGGUGCCGUUUGAUCAUAUACAGUACAACAUCCCUCCAAAAGCCCCUCAAUUCCACACCUACGGCUUGUGCAAUACCUCUCUCUUUUCUCAGCUGGUGAGUCCGGUUCCUGAUCUUCACAUGUUCGCUGUGAUGCUGCACACUCACUUGGCUGGGAGGAAAGUCAGAGUUGCCCACUACAGAAAUGGAAAACAGAUUGACUUCUUGGGCUUGGAUGAUAACUACAACUUUAAGAUACAGCAGAUCAUCAGUUCUGGAAACAUCAAGACCAUCAAGCAAGGUGAUGAGAUUGCAGUGGAGUGCACCUAUAACACUGUUGAUCGCACCAGAGUCACUGAGAUGGGGUUAGCAACCACCGAUGAGAUGUGCCUGGCCUUCCUGUUCUACUACCCUGCAAUCAAGAUCACAUCAUGUAUUAGCCACCCAAAUACAAUGUUUCUAUCAAAUUCAAGCCCCCAGUAA